AUGUUCAAGAACACCAAAUCAGCGGAUCGCAGCGCUCGGGAGGCUGUGGACAUCAAUGUUAGCAAUCCCGAAAGCUCCAAUACGCCAGAGACUGUGCCAGAAUCGCCAACGCCCACGGACAAGAAAGCAGAGACGCAUAUGUUCAACGAACAGACAAAUUACGUGUCCAAAGUCAAGGUCAUCACGCAUGCGCCAGCGUGGAUCUCGUAG